CAAAGAUACAGUUUCACUCCAAUUAGAAGUCCCUGCAGUCACAAAAAAGCUUCGCUCGGUUAGGUACAUCAAUUCGAUCAAGUGCUCUCCUUCUUGAUAGCGGUACGGUGGUUCUACCGUGAUCUCGGCUAUAUACUUUUUGGCAGAGCCGUCUCGCCGUCCAUUCCUCUUCUACACCGCUCGCCGCCAUUCCGGAUUCCUCAAGCACAGGUGAAUUACGGUAUACGAUUUGAUUAUGAAUAUUUUCCAGUUACAAAGCUUUGUAAUAAGGACUGAGAGAGCAUUGUAUUUGCUACUCUACUGGUUUCAAAUGAGUUUUCGAAGCCAGGCUUAGUGUGGCAAAAGUGUUGGGAGUUUUUCUCUGAUGACAUACUAUACAAUAUUCGCAAGAAUACGGGUAAUCCAGAUUUUGAACUGGAUAAAGAGAAAAUUGAAAAGUACUGUUUGUUGGAGAUUCAGAAGCUCUUGCAGUCGAGAGGUAGAUCACUACGUGAUUUUGCCGGCAUACCCUUGCUACCUGAUGAUGAAAUGCCCUCGCUUGAAGAAGUUCUCAUUCAUGAAGAGCUGCGGUAUAAUAAAUCGUAUCUGAUUGAGGAGCAUGCAAAGUUGUUGGCCGAGAUGACAGAUGAACAACGUGUUGUGUAUGAUAGGAUAAUGGAAUCUGUAGAUAGUAGAAACGGGAAAUUCUACUUUUUCAAUGGCCACGGAGGAACUGGGAAAACAUAUCUAUGGAGGACUUUGUCUGCGGUUGUGAGAUCUCGCGGUGAUAUAGUUCUUAACGUGGCUUCAAGUGGUAUAGCAUCGCUUCUCUUGCCUGGAGGAAGAACCGCACAUUCGAGGUUUGCGAUUCCACUUAGUGUUGUAGAAGACUCCACGUGCAACAUAAAACAUGGUAGUCCGUUGGCCAAGCUGAUAGAGUUAUCUAAGUUAAUUAUAUGGGAUGAAGCACCUAUGACGCACCGACACUGUUUUGAAGCUCUUGAUCGGAGUAUGAGAGACGUGCUUCGUUACUCCAGCCACUGUGACACUACCUUGCCUUUUGGUGGGAAGACGAUUGUAUUUGGUGGUGAUUUUAGGCAAAUUCUUCCUGUGAUACCAAAAGGCACGAGACAAGAUAUUGUGCACGCCGCACUGAACAGUUCAUUCUUGUGGUCACAUUGUACUGUAGUGAGGCUUACUAAAAACAUGAGGCUAGCAAGGAUGCUCGGCCAGCCGGAUGGACCAACUAUCCAAUCUUUUGCAGAGUGGAUUUUGAAGAUUGGUGACGGAGCUUUUGCUGAAAAUCAAGACGGAGAAUCACUAAUUGAAAUACCAGACGAUAUGAUUGCUCCAAUGACGUCUGAUCCUGUUGAAUCCAUAGUUCAAGCUAUUUAUCCAGAUUUCUUAACCCAGGGUGAUCCGAUUAAUUAUCUUUAUUCCAGGGCUAUUCUUGCUCCAACCAUAGAUGAGGUUGAUAAGGUCAACGUUUACAUGUUGAGCCAGAUAGAUUCAGAGUUAAAGACAUACCUAAGCUCAGAUUCAGUUUCUUCAUCCGACUCGGAUAGUAAUGAUCUCUUGCAUGAGAUACAUUCUCCUGAAUUUCUUAAUAGCAUCAAAUGUUCUGGCUUGCCGAGUCAUGAGCUCAAGCUGAAAGUUGGAGUUCCUGUGAUGCUUAUGAGGAAUAUCGAUCAUUCAUCUGGAUUGUGCAACGGCACACGACUUCUGGUCACUAAACUUGGAACUCAUAUUAUUGAGGCUCAGAUGAUGCACGGAGAAAAUGCCGGCGAAAAAUUUCUUAUUCCCCGCCUUACUUUGACACCAUCGGACAUUAGUCUCCCGUUCACUUUUCAGCGUAGGCAAUUUCCGUUAAUGGUUAGCUAUGCAAUGACCAUCAACAAGAGCCAGGGACAGUCAUUGGAAAAGGUUGGCAUCUUCCUCCGUCGUCCUAUUUUUACGCAUGGACAGUUGUACGUGGCUGUCUCGAGAGUAACAAGUCCGUCUGGGUUAAAGUUUGUUAUAUGUGACGAAGAAGGGAAACCAAAGAAGUCAGCGUUGAAUGUAGUAUACAAAGAAGUUUAUACUAAUUUGUAGUUCCCUUGCUUUACAUGCAUACAUCC